AUGGAAACCUCUGAAGAAUUGAUUUCUAUGGUAAACGAAAAAGUUAACUAUGGAAAAAGCCUUAUUGAUAAACUAGAGCCGAUAAAUGAAAUAGAUGGUGUAAUGAAAUUACAAAGGAAAAUUAGGCAAGAAAUUGAGUUUUUGAAGAAGUUACAAAAAUCUAAAAAAGUGAAAAUAGAGCAACUGUCUUGUUCUAAUCUUCGCCACUUAGGAGCAAUGGUUAAAUGUGCUCUACGGCCAGAUGUCGUUUCAGUUUGCAAAAUUUUUCACAUAAACGACGCGUCGAAGUUAGUAAUUGAUAUAAUUAGCGAAGAAGGGAGAGUUUGGACUAAAGUUAUAGCUAGAAAUCCUAAAUCUUUAUCAGCCUUAAGUGCAGGCAAAGCUUCAUAUGGCGCAAGAUCGAUUUUGGAUCAGGCAGAAGAUUAUCUGGAUUGUGCUAAACUCUACCCUUGCAUGUAUCAACCACCCAAGAUCAUUUUUGAGUUUAUGAGUGGCAUAGAGGAGAAUUUAGCUAAUAAAUUAAAAGCUGUUGGUAUUACAGUGAAAGGUGAAAUAUUACCUAGCUCAAAUGCCUGUGCCGAUGAUGGUGAUUCAUAUGACAGCGAAGACAGUGAAAAUGAGAGCCUUCUAGUUAAAGUCGAGAAUAGCAGUCAUGAAAUUUCAUCGAACAAGGUGUCCCAAAGUUUUGAAGAACAUCCUGAAAUCAAGACACUCAACUUAGAUGUGACUGCAAUGAUGGCUGUUGUGAGCAAUAUGACGAAUGGACAUUGUAAUUAUAUAUUUAAACAGGAAGUAUUAACGCAACAGUGUUCAUGGGAAGCUGAGAGACCAGUUAAACCUAUUUUAGAUAGAUUAUUUGAAGAAAAAACAUUAGUUUGUUGUGAAACUGCUUGGAAUGACUUUGAGAAGAUAGUAAAUACCUUGGGAGGCCCAAAGGAGAUUGAAAGGACAAAGGAACUGAAGCAAAUCAUUACAGUAUACCCAGAUGACUUUGGUGGUGAAGAUGAUUACCCCAGAAAAAAUCUCAAAGUGAGAGGUCAUGUUCGAUUAAGAUCUAAAAUUAUUUUUAAUUUUGGACACAGGAUUAAAGCCUUAACUGUAUCUGCUAAUGAGGGCUUUGUCAGAGCUGCUAUGCAACAGGGUAUAACAUAUGCGGCAUUUAUCCACGAAUCAAGAGCUCUAACUGAAGGUAAAGAACCUACAGCUACUAAAAUCACGUUAUGA